GAAGCGAUUGGACUGCGAGCGUCUCCCGCAACACUUUAUGUGGAAUUUGAAUUAUUUUUGGCACAGCACGGCUCGUGAUACACAGGUGACGGCUUCAACAGGGCAUCUUCCGGGUCGCAGCGGUGAUCACAGGAAGAUCAGCGAUGAAUAAGCUACGGCAGAGCUUCCGCCGGAAGAAAGAUGUCUACGUGCCGGAGUCGAGUCGGCCGCACCAGUGGCAGACAGACGAGGAGGCGGUCCGCAGCGGCAAAUGUAGCUUUGCAGUCAAGUACCUGGGCCAUGUGGAGGUGGAAGAGUCCCGGGGCAUGCACAUCUGUGAGGACGCAGUGAAGCGGCUGAAGACGGACAGGAAAUUCUUCAAAGGAUUCUUUGCAAAAGCGGGGAAGAAGCAAGUGCGGGCUGUGCUGUGGGUGUCUGCAGACGGUCUACGUGUCGUAGAUGACAAAACAAAGGACCUGAUCCUGGACCAGACAAUAGAGAAGGUGUCAUUCUGCGCUCCGGAUCGAAACUUUGAGAGGGCGUUCUCUUACAUCUGCAGGGAUGGAACAACGCGACGCUGGAUCUGCCAUUGUUUUAUGGCCAUUAAAGACUCAGGAGAACGUCUUAGUCACGCCGUUGGUUGUGCAUUCGCCGCCUGUCUGGAGCGGAAACAGAAACGAGAGAAGGAGUGUGGGGUCACGGCAACCUUUGACGCCAACAGAACCACUUUCACCCGUGAGGGCUCGUUUCGUGUCACAACAGCAACGGAGGCAGCGGAGCGGGAAGAGGUCAUGAGGCAGCUGCAGGACGCUAAAAAAGAGACAGAUGCUGCAGGGAACUCGGCCUCCAGCGUGACAAACUCCUCAGCACACCAGACAGGAGGCUCACCGUCACCCUCAUCCUCGCCCCCUCUCCCUGUGGCCACGUUGGGACCCCAGGCGAUACCACGCAGACAUGCACCAGCUGAUGUUAUCGCUAGGCAGGGCUCCUUCAGAGGCUUCCCGGCUCUCAGUCAGAAGACUUCUCCUUUCAAACGACAGCUGUCACUGCGCAUGAACGAGCUGCCCUCCACCAUGCAGCGCAAGUCUGACUUCCCCAUCAAGAACGCAGUCCCUGAGGUAGAAGGAGAGAGUGACAGCAUCAGCUCACUGUGCACUCAGAUCACCACAGCUUUCAGUGGACCCCCAGAAGACCCCUUCUCCUCUGCACCCAUGCCCAAACCAGCGUCGUCUCCACAGUCUCCUGUGGCACCAGUGAAUGGCACAGCCCCAGCCUUCUCUGUCACUGCUGCUGCGUCUGCUGCUGCUGUAACCUCUAACCCCCCAGUUCUGCCCCCCGCUCUGCCUGCUCGAGAAACUAACCCCUGGGCUAAGACCCCAGGAGGGGCUCCUGCCUCAGCACAGCCAGGAAGUAACUGGACAUCCCCGACUCCGGUGAUAGUGGUCCCCCCCUCAUCCUCUCCAGUCAUCUCUUCUCACAAACGCACCCCCUCAGAAGCUGACCGGUGGUUAGAAGAAGUCACCAAGUCUGUCCGAGCCCCGCUGCCGAAUCCCAUCCUGGCUGCAGCCACGCCUCCCACUCAGCCAUUCGCCGCUCCAGUUGUUCAGAUGCCCGUGGCUCCGGCUCCCUCCAUUCCCCCGGUGGCCUUCAUGCCCUCUCUGCCCUCCGCUGUGCCCAUGGUGCCCCCUCGCCAGCCCGCCUUCCACGCUCAAGCUCCGGCCUCCUACCCAAUGCCGAACGGGCUUCCAUUCCCUCAGCCCAGCGUGCCUGUGGUCGGCAUCACGCCCUCACAGAUGGUGGCUAAUGUGUUUGGCUCAGCCACACAACCCCAGCCCUUCCCAAUCCCUGUCACCACAACAGCUCAGCAUGAUAUCCAGGCUAUAAGCAGUGUCAGCCCCUUUAUUAAACCCCCACAGCCUGCCGUAGUGCACCCCGCUCCCCUCCAGCCCUCCAACGGCAGUGCGACCUUUAACGGAGCAGACAGCUGGGCUACUCCGUCCCAGCUUGCUCCAUCCUCCCCUGCCACCCAGCCGCCCCCGCAGCAGCAGGAAGAUGCCUUUGAGGCCCAGUGGGCAGCCUUGGAGAGCCGCUCCCGCCAGCGCACCACACCCUCCCCAACAAAUCCCUUCUCCACAGAGCUGCACAAGACCUUUGAGAUCCAGCUCUGAAGGCAGUUUGAGACGAGAAAGGCCUGGACAAUAAGGAGGCCGUUUAACGGACGGGGCUGACGUGAUUGACUCAAGACGAGAGAGGAACAACUUCCUGUCUCUCUUCAUCUCGAUUUCAGCAGACAAGCUCAGCAGGUCAAAAAAAAAAGGCUGGGAGACCGUGGAGAACGGGGAGCGAAUCAGCAGGGAGCAGAACUCUGCACAGCACUGAGGGGAGGAAAAAAAACACAGGCUGCUGUUAACGAGAGUGCAGCUCCCCGGGUGUUUCAUUAGCUUUGUCUGUAUCGUUUUGUUUGUGCUGUGGAGCGCAAGGUCCUCUUUACCCUGUGGAAUAUCUGUGUUGAGCCGCACCCGGCCCCUUCAGCCCUCAAACACCUGCCAAGGUGUGGUUGCUCCUGUCUCCUGCCCGCUUUGCUCAAUCCAGUUCACAGCGCCCCCUAUUGACAGAAUGAGAUCUCCCUCACCUGGCAGAGGAACUGCAGCACUGAGAGAACUCAGCUUCCUCAUGAGAAGUUUUCAUUAUUAACCUCCCAAUCAGAAGAAUAGAGUGAGACAAUGCCAAAAUCUUUAUUUUUAUGCAUUAAGUAUAUUUUAAAUAGCUUUGGAAUCUAACAGAAGAGUUGUAAGUAAUCGUGCCAAAGGCACAGGCUAGCUACAAUGAGACAUGUUCCUGUAUACAAGAAAUGACCGUAUAUAUUAUACAUAAAAAAUAUAUAUAUAUAUCUAUAAAGAAUCUAUACUGUACACACAGCUUACAGCAGUGCUAAUUUUUAAUGUGAUGUAAAGAGAUUUUGUGAAGGGACAGCUGCUUUACUUUUAUGUUUAUUUUUUGUUUUGAUGUUUUAUUUUUGAAGAAAAAUCUCUUUAUUUCCUUCUGUUGCAUCCUAUGAUUGGAUGUGAAGCAUCUCACUGUAAAUAGGGUAUCAUUGCAGCAACAAUCAAUGCGGACCUGGUGGUGGUGCCCAAUGGUUGCCUCUCUUACCUGUGCUCAGUUUUUACUAGAUAGUACUCAUCAGUACUUAACGUUUUUCUUCUUCUGUCUUCACUGUCAUUCUUUUUGUGUGGUUACUUUUUUUAAUUUAAUGCAGUAGGAUGAGUCUUUUUCUGUUUCGCCACCUCUUAUAUUAUUUUUUUAAGUAGUUGAUAUCAAGAUUUUUAUUUUGCACAAGCACUAAAGUAGAUGAUUUGACCUCACAGGUGACUUUGAUCAACACAGGUCGGUCAGUCCUGGUGCUGACUUGGCUUAACGUCCGUCAGCCGUCUUUGGCUCCAACGGUCAGAAAAACUACAGGGAGAUAAAACGGUUUCAUCUCUCACUGUCUGAUUUCUCUCUGUCAUGUUUGUAUUUUUUUUUAAUCAAACCUGUGAAUAUGAUCGAUUAUCUGAUCUAUUUUUCCAUUUUGUAAUUAUUUCAUUUCUUUAUUCCACUUCUUUGGAGAAAUAUUGAAGCUAAAAGAUUGAAUAAAUUCAUGGUGGUAGAGGAGCUAAUGGUCUGUGUUCUUGAGUGAAUACUGUUUUGAGUGUGUAUCCUGUAAUAAAAUGUUAACGUGGGUUAUUAACAUUAAGGGCUAUCUGGGUGCUGGUUUAGAUCAGUUGGUGGAGGAGGCUGGAAUCUUCAAUGCACAAAUUGGAGGACUGAUUCCCUGAUCCCGGUUUUAUGUCUUUUCCCCAUUUUGCCCGUCUCUCUUUGACUAUCCUAUCUCAAAUGCAAAAAAUAGGCAUGUGAGAUUUGACACAUUGAUAUGAGACUUUGUUUGCAGUUAAAACACUGAAGUUUUCUAAUUUGUGUUACUAGUCAUCUGGUAAUAAGCUACGGCAGCAGGUGCAUACUACUCAGCAUAGCGCCUAAGAACCCCACUGCUGCUUUGACUGUCUCACUUUAUUUUAAAAUCUCAGACAGCUCAGUGGACAAGCCAAAGGUAACCUGCAUCUCGUCAUCAAACAGUUUUGUUGUUUUACUGUUCUGUUUAGGUAUUUUCAUGUACUUUUCUAUCCAAAGCAAGCUCUUUUUCCCCCCACUUUUAAGAUAAUAUCAGUUUUGAUUUACCAGAAGUUCCUCAUUUUUCUUUAAAUUAAAGGUUAUACAAACAGGAAGUAGAAAAACUGUGAGUGGGACUGUGCAAAUCACAAAAUAAAAGGAUGAAAAAGAAUAUUAUGUUGAGAAAAUCUCUUUUAAUGUUUAAUCCGUGUUGGAUUACUUGGAGAAAUUGACUGAGCUAGAAUUCCUGAAAAGUGUGGUCUCAUUAUUCAUGGAUCAUUGGACAUCAGUGAGUCAUUUUGUACAUGCACUCCUGCAUAUUCCUUAUGUAACAGUGUUAAACAGUGUAUUUGGCAGCCUCUGAAGCUGUCAAUCAAUCAGUUUGUUCACAAAACUAAUAAAAAUGCAAUACAAUCUA